CACGACAGACGCUGUGCCGAUAUUGGUCCGUGAUAACACUCGCUCUUAAGUGUGUCGCGAAGCUAAGCAACGUUCUUCGGCCACGCCAGCUACAUACAACCUGAUUCUGUAUUGGAUCUUGCUAGCGCUGGAUCAUGUUUACGACAUUCCACAACGCCAAUCUGCACACUAUAUUCCUAGCCGCCAAUGGUCUUGCCGCCACGAAACAACCACAAAGCGAUUGACCAUUAAGCAUCCCGGUAUCCAUGGGCAUGUAGGGAUUGCCAUAUUCUUAACUUCCUGAUUAUCAAUCGCUUGGUCUUUGCUUUCUUCUAUGGAAGUCCUGCCGCUUUUCUCAUCAGUCGCACGUCGCCCUUGAUCCUUUUAGCCUUGAGCCCACCAUGGACCACAACGGCGCAUUCACCGUGGACGAUAACGUUGAUACGGUACACAAGGUUAGAGCGCGGAGAUCGAUUAUUGGUGAGAAUACAAUGCUUGUGUCAGGAGGCAUAGCCAGUCAUGCAAAUGGAAGUUCACAUACAGAAGAGUCAGAGGAAUCGCCGCUGCUGUCUAGACGCUCGACCGCACGCAAUGAAUCUGCUGCAAUGAACGAGGCCUCAGCAUCGUCAAGUUGGCCAGAUUGGGACCACCUGCCUUGGUACCGGCAGCCAUCACCCUACUGGCUUCUCUUUCCAUUCCUCUUCUCCGCCCUUGCGUUCGGAGGGAUUCUCGUCCCAAAGACCAACCUAAUCCUCGCCUUGAUCUGCCGAGAAUAUUUCGCUGAUCAGGCCGUUUCAUCGCAUCCGGACUUUCAUUUUAUUGCCGGUUAUGGUUCUGUGGGAGAUGCAGAGGAUAUAUGCCGGAAUGCGGAUGUGCAACAACGGGUUUCUUUGUUUUUGUUUCAAGGCAGUCUAAUUUCUGGCAUAUUGGCUGCAAUCAUCGCUCCAAAGCUUGGUGCGCUGUCUGAUCGCUACGGUAGAAAGCCUAUCAUGUGUAUCACGAACCUUGGCAUGCUCCUUGGGGAGGUUUUGACGAUCCUCGCUGCAAAGUAUCCCGAAACAUUUCCUGUAAAGUGGCUGCUAUUAGGAUACUUUUUUGACGGGCUUUGUGGAAGCUUUAUCGCUUCCAUGUCGCUCUCCCACUCCUACGCCACAGACUGUACACCUCCAGAACGCCGAAACAUCGUGUUUGGCUACUUCCAUGGCUGCCUCUUCACGGGAAUCGCGCUUGGCCCACUCUUCGCCGGAUACCUAGUGAAAUGGACAGGCAACAACAUUGUCAUGUUUUACGUUGCGCUUGGCUGCCACAUCUUCUUUCUUAUCUUCCUUAUCCUUCUUGUGCCUGAAUCUCUGUCUAAGGCACGGCAAACGACGGCGCGAGAGAAGCACAGGAUGGAAAUGGAAUCACAUUCCGGCUCUUCAUGGAUACAGCGAUUGAGAUAUUACAACCUGUUCGAACCGCUCAAAAUCCUUUAUCCGACUGGACCAGGUUCCUCACCUGCUGUUCGCCGAAACUUGCUGUUAUUAGCCACCGUAGAUACAAUCAUCUUUGGAGUCGCCAUGGGUGCUCUAUCCAUUGUUAUUGUUUAUUCGAAUUACAUGUUUGGAUGGAAGACCUAUGAACAGUCUAUGUUCAUGACGAUCGUCAACACCUCACGAGUCUUUUGUCUGCUCGUCGUACUUCCAGCUAUCACACUCCUCUACAGACGAAAACAUGGUGAGAGAGGCGGUCGACCUGCCUCUCAAUCCGGAACAGACCUUUUUGACUUGACAGUUCUGCGUGUUGCUAUAUUGUUCGACGCUUUGGGAUUUCUGGGUUACGCUUCAUCAAAGGCCGGUUGGACUUUUAUGGCCUCUGGAGCUCUUGCUGCCGUGGGUGGCAUGGGUAGUCCAACGCUCCAAGCGGCUCAGACCAAACAUAUCCCGCCUGAUAGAAUUGGUCAGCUUCUCGGUGCAAUGGGUCUGCUGCAUGCUGUUGCCCGUGUGGUAGCGCCGUUGGUUUUCAACGGUAUAUACAUGGCUACUGUUAAGACAUUUCCUCAAACUGUUUUUGUGACAUUAACAGCCAUGUUCGUCCUAGCCUUCGUUGUGAGCUGGUUUGUCAAGCCUGGAGUCAAACUUGACGACGAUAGUGACAUUUACCGCCAACAUUCAAGCAAUGACGAUAACGACGAGGCAGAUGUGGGCACAUAACCGUCUCCAGAUCUAAUUUUUUUUCCGUUGAGCCUGUCAUGAUUAUGACUUGUGAUUAUGAAAGUUCACGAGCAUCGUCCGUCACAUACGCUGUUUUCCACAUAUCGACGUAUGGUAAAGGCAGUCUUUAUGGGAUGUUCAGAGGCAAAAGAUAUCAGCAGUUUGGUUCAAUAAGAAACAUUUGCAUUGCUAAGCAUAUUUAUGAGUCACGACCAAAAUUAACGUUGGUGAAGUAGUCUCGGUAGACUUCAGUGGUGCGUCAGGAUUCGAUAGACCGUGAGGUAUAUAUACAAGAUUUUCUUCUCGGUGCCCAUGAUAGAUUCUUCAGCUCAUAUUUUCCGUUAUCUCCGGUCUAC